AUGAUACUUAAACUUAUAUAUAUUUAAAAAAAGAGAUAGCUUAAACCGUUCAAUCACGUUCGAUUUCUUUUUUAAUGCUUAUUAUUUAAAAUUGGAAUUCCAGUAUAUAUAACUAAAAUCAUUACUGGUUCUUUAAUUAGGUAAGCCUAAUUUUCACAUACUAGUUUUUAAAAAUGGAAUUUGAUGUAACGGAUAUUAAAGAAGAAAUAGUUGAAACGGCUAUUGAAAUUAAGGAAGAGCUUGAUGAAUGUUACAUCUGUGGAGAGAAAUGUCCUCCUAAAGAACUAGAGUUGCAUAUAUUGUCUCAUAUUGCACCACAAAUCUUCCAGUGUAGUAAGUGCUUUGAUAGAUUUGGAAAUGAAAGAGAACUUACGGAGCAUCUUGCUUGUCACGAUAAGCCCUUUGUGUGUCAACUAUGUGAUAUGUCAUUUUCAAAUAAAAUAUAUCUAAAUAAGCAUAGCAUAUGUCAUACAGGUUCCCGGUCGCACAUAUGCGAUAUUUGUGAAAAAGGUUUCCUUCGUCUCGCAGAUUUGAAAAGACAUUAUCUAAUACACACCGAUGAAAGGCCAUAUAAAUGCGAGGUUUGCCAUAGAGGAUUCAAGCAAAGUGCAAAUAGAAAAAAGCAUCAAAAAUCACACUUCACUGUACAAAAACCUCGCCGUAAUUUUUUUAAUUCUGAAUCGGGUGAUAUACACUUGCUAUCUGAAGAUUUUCCCUACAUAUGUACGCAAUGCUUCAAAACAUAUCCUAGUAAAGCUAACCUAAAGCGUCAUAUCCUAACCCAUACGAAUGAAAGAAGGCACGUUUGUGAUAUUUGUGACAAAGCCUUUACUCAGUCUUACCACUUGACGUCUCAUAAAAAGAUUCAUACAGGAGAAAAACCGUUUAGUUGUGAAAUCUGUCACAAAUGUUUUCCUGAUAAAUGGCGACUGCAUCAGCAUAAUAAAAUUCAUAUGGGUGACAGACCAUUUAAAUGUAGCCUAUGUGAUAAAAGGUUUCUUUUUAAAUCUUAUUUAGAUACGCAUUUUUUGACUCACUCUAAACAAAAGCAACAUGUUUGUGAUAUAUGUGACAGAGAAUUUGCUCGUAGUUCACAUCUAAAACGUCACUAUCUUUCUCACGUUAAAAAUACUAUUUAAAGGCAGCUUUAUUAUUACUUUUAAACCAUACCAUGUAAAAAUUUGCCACAAUUUAUUUAAAAUUAAAGAGCAGCAUAUUGACAUGUAUCAUAUAUUUU